AGUUGGUUACAGCAGAUCCACGAGGGAGAAGAGUUGUGAACACUUGUUUUGUUUUUUGAGAAUCCGCUUAGUUUUCGCCCCGCGACGAGAAAAUCUACCUCGGGUCUUACUUUUUACGUUUUUUAACAAAACGGUUAUUUUUAUGCAUCUGCCUUUUCGCCAUUAUCAGCUUAAUUGUAUUUAACUGAAUACAAUUCAUAACAAGUUAUCUAUCGAUAGCUACCAAGGAAACAUUGCACUAUUUUUUUAUUGUUCCUUUGAUUUUUGCACUAGUAAAUCGGUAAAGAUGCACACGACGCAGAAGGACACGACCUAUACAAAGAUAUUUGUGGGGGGUCUACCUUAUCACACCACGGACUCCAGUCUCAGGAAAUAUUUUGAAGUGUUUGGGGAAAUCGAGGAGGCUGUCGUAAUUACUGACAGGCAAACCGGCAAAUCCAGGGGUUAUGGAUUCGUAACGAUGGCUGACCGGGCCGCUGCAGAGAGAGCCUGCAAGGACCCCAAUCCCAUCAUCGAUGGCAGGAAGGCCAAUGUGAACCUGGCCUACUUGGGGGCGAAGCCCCGUGUGAUGCAGCCAGGCUUCUCCUUUGGUGUUCCUCAGAUUCACCCUGCAUUCAUUCAAAGGCCUUAUGGGAUCCCAGCUCACUACGUGUACCCGCAGGCCUUCGUGCAGCCCAGCGUAGUGAUCCCGCACGUGCAGCCCACCGCCGCCGCGGCUGCCGCCGCCAGCUCCCCGUACAUCGAUUACACCGGCGCUGCCUACGCGCAGUACUCCGCCGCCGCCACGGCCGCCGCCGCCGCCGCCUACGAGCAGUACCCGUACGCCGCCUCCCCCGCCGCGGCGGGCUACGUGGCCACCGCCGGCUACGGCUACGCUGUCCAGCAGCCCCUGGCCACCGCCGCCCCUGGGUCGGCCGCUGCGGCGGCCGCGGCCUUCGGUCAGUACCAGCCCCAGCAGCUGCAGGCUGACCGCAUGCAAUAGCGGCCGUCGGACGGAGCCGGGUGCGAUGGGGGCGGGGAAACGAACGCCCACGUGAUGCUGUGAGCGGAGGGAGGUGGGGUGUGGGGGGCGGGCAAAUGUGAAGGAGACACGGGGUGUUAGCAGUGGGAUGACGGCGAGGAAGGCGGCUGGUGCUUGGUUGGUUGGUGAUAGUGAGGUUGUAAUUCCUUGGCUUUCCAACUUGCAGUGAUUCUACCAAAGAAGAGAGGAAAACUUUUUUUAAAUCAGCAGAACAGUAUGAGGAAAGAGAUGAAUAUUUACUUUAUUACUACUAUGAUUAUUAUUAUUAUUAUUAUCAUUAUCAUUAUUUUUGUUUUAUUUAAAUUUAUUUGUAUUUAUUGAAGGAAAAAGCAACUUAAAACUGGUGUUAAAGUAGGCAAGGCCUUAAUCCCACUAUCGUAACAGUGAAUAACUUAGGUGACAGUUUUAUUUGAUGAGCAUAUAUUAGAGGUGUCCCAGUGUGUUUUCUUUCUGAAACCCUUUAAUAAUAUUUAUUGUCAUUUUAGAGAUCUUUUUGUACUGUCUUGACACGUGCAUUGAAGUUUUUUUCUUUUCCAAUGAUCAGGUAUUUUCCAGUGAAUUUAAGAACCUCUCCAGAUCAGGGAAUAGUAGACAUAAGUAUGAAGAAAAAAAAAGUUGUCGUUCAUAUCACAUGUAAGGACUACCUUUUAUCUUCCGAAUGCUGAAUGUCCUUCUAUUACUUUUGUCUUGAUCUAUGCAAAGCAAAGCAAAAAAAAAAAGAAUAUAAAGAAUGAUUGCAGGAGAAAGCUGAAGGAAUUCUUUCACAAAUGUUCUCUACAAUGGGCAUCGAACAAAAGUACCCAUGAAGACAAAAGGUUUCAGACACAAGCGAAGAGCAGAGUACAAUUGAUGCGCAUGCACGCGCGCACACACACACACACACACACGCACAUACAUACGCACAUACACACACACACACACACACACACACACACACACACACAGAAGAACAACAGCAAAGGGCAGACGGCACAGUUCGCUCCCUUCCGCAGGUUCUGUGGGAUCAGAUGGGAGCCACUCUCGGGACAAUUGGUGACGCAGACAGAGUGCUCUGGAAAGGACACAUCGCUUGUGCUCCUUUGAUGAGCUGUCACAUUUUAAUCCCCCUACCCCGUCCGUUUGGGAACGAACUCCAACUGCUGGUGUCAGCAUUUCCAAUUCUGUCCCGGAUCAGGAGCGGGAGCUGGAGCAGGAGCCACCUCUGACCACUACAGAGACUUUUUUUCGGUCUGUAAGUCGCACCUGUAGGUCUGUAGGUCUGUUUCACUUUUUUCUUCACUGAAAUGCAGGAGGGAACGCAGGAUAGAGAGAGAGGCAAUGUGAAGCUUAAAUAUUAGUAUGUGGUUCUUAUCGUGCCUUAUGAUAUUUGUAAAGCUAUUUAAGAGAACAGAUAUUUAUUUUGAAAGUUUGACUAUGUUGAGCACUAAGGAAAGGGACUUAGUGGCGGUACUGUAUAAAUUAAUAUUAUGUAUUCAUCUCAUGGCAUAUAAGUUAAGUAGGUAUAGUUUGAAGCAUUAACAUAUUCAACCAAAAAUUAUGACUAGGACUUAUUUAAGAUACAAAUCUGUAUGUGCACUGUACAAAUAUAUAUUUUUUCCUUUUGAAUUUUAGAAUAUGACAUUAAAUAUUUUUUAGUUUGCCUUUUCUAUGAAACAUUUUAAAUGCAGACCUGUUCUUUAUUAGAUAGAAAAACAGCAUUACAGCAACAACAGAAUGAAAUGCUGCUUUAUACAUUAGAAUGUAUCGUCUUUGCCUAGUUUGGAUAGCUGUGCUUUUACUGUAAACUUCAUCAGAUGAACUAUUUUACACUAUUGGGAAUUUUUAUACUUGAACUAUUUCUUACAAGGGAAAAUAUGAAAAAAAAAACAUGACAUAACUUUUUAAGAGCUUUUCAUUGUCACUGGAUUAUGUUAUGUAAAGUGUUUGGACAAACAUGGUGGGAAACUCUUGUGUUUAUUUACUAUUUAAAUGCAAAGGUCCUGUUGAUUUUAAAAAUGUAUGAUUUCAGAAUUUCAAUUCAAUGUACUCUAAGCAAUAAAAUAAAGUAAUAAAUAUAAAUCUAUAUACAGA